UUCUCUGUCCCCUCAUUUUCCUCUGGGCCCUGGCCUGCACUGGCAGUUUCCCCCAGCUCCUGGCCCAGUCCAGUCUGUCCAUGCUGUCCUCAAGUCCUGCUUCCUGUACAUCUCCCAACCCUGACAGAGACAACCCAGACAAGAAGGUCCACUGGGCUUCUGAGAAGAGAAGGAGAACAUCAUCCACAGACUCAGAAUCAAAGACUCACUUGGACAUUUCUAAGUUGCCCAGGUCCCGGAGACCCAGCCGGCUGACGGUGAAGUAUGACCGAAGUCAUCUGCAGCGCUGGCUGGAGAUGGAGCAGUGGGUAGAUGCUCAGGUUCAGGAGCUAUUCCAGACACCUCAGGGCAAGUCCUGCCGGGCCACAGAGAAAAGUGCAGCCAGAGAACCUUGUUUUACAAGGGUCAAGAAACUCCUUCGGAGCCCGAGAUUGAUCUGGAAGCUCUCAUGGAACUAUCCACAGAGGAGCAGAGGACUCACUUGGAGGCCAUUCUCCAAGACUGCCCCUCCGACAGAGAGCCUUUUAUCUCUGAGCUGCUCAGUCAACUCAAGAGACUUCGGAGACUCAGCAGGCCUUCGAAAUAAUGCUGGAGAGACCAUCUGUAGCCGACAGAACUUCUGUAGCCUCAGCCCUGACCUGGAUGCUGGCUGAAAGGUCUUCAAUACAGACAAGGGAUGCAGAAGACAAGGAGAGACACUUGUACAGCUCAAGUGUGUGUGCAGCUACUGCUGGGCUCUCUCUGCUAGGCUCUCUGUGAGUCAGUUGUGGCUGGUGCCUAAUGCUUCCCUUGGCAGCCAGGAUAAAAACUUUAGGAGACCAGCUGAGUGUGUGGAGUGUGGUGUGUAUCUAUGCUGGGGGAAGGGAGAGGGAAGUGACAUCUUGGAAGACGAGCAUCCUAAGGGCCUUGGCUGUGCCCGCAUCAUCCAUCCAUCCACCUACCACUCGCAUCCCACCCCCAAUGCCGACAGGUGUUGGGAAUUCAAAGAUGGAGAUCACAGCCUGGCUUUGAAGAGACUGGGAGAGUGAGGCCCAGAGGCCGUGUGCAUAAAGCACACAGCCCCCUGGCAUCACCAACAAGAGGGGCCCAACUGGUAAAGAUAAGUUUUGAAUUUCACCGAGGAGGCAACAGGAAGCACCUCGCUGGAUCUGGAGCAUUCAAGGAGGUUGACCCCUCCUCCACUCAUAGUGUAGCACGGAUCUCUAGAUGGUACUCACCCACAUCAGUCUCUGCCCUCAGUGAAUGUGGAAAAGGAGGACAGAGCAGAGGAUAUGUAGAGUGAAAGGGAGUGCCAGGGGCUGGGCAAAGUUGUUGGAAGACAGAUAUUGGAUCUCUGAGGAAGGCAAGAUGGGACAGGAGCCAGGAGGUAGGUCCUUUGUGAUCAAGGUAGGAAGCAGGGCAUGUACACAGUGUUCCUACAUUCACUACUUAAGUACUAGAGAGACAGACAUCCUACAUGGAAGGGUCUUAUGGCUAAGCUGAGCUGUCCUGAGGAGAAGGCACAAUUCACUAAGAUGAAUAUUCAUACUUACUUGGCAUGAGACCACCAGGAUGGGGGACUGUCCUUGCUGGGAGCUUACACCUUCUCAUGAAUUCCACAGGAAUCUGCUUCUAGCUUACUGUGUUAUUAGCACCUCUCACAGGCCUCGGGCUCAGGGGCCACAGGAUUCUGGAUAUAGAUGGUGUUGGGUGCCUGGAGGUACCGGUCAAUGGAAGAGCAUGCAUGUAGCAUGUAUAAGGUAUGGGUUCAAUCCCCAGUACUGCCAGAAACAAACUCACAAAUAAAAAGA